AGAGAGACAGAGCAGUAAGGACGAUGUUGUCCGGUUUCUGUUGCAGGCACAAGCGGAAAGUGCAGAACCUGUUACCUUGCAAGAGCGCAGCGGGAGCGGCGGCGGCGGCGGCGGCGGCAGCCGCGGCCGGUGGUCGGACUCGAGUGCUAACCGACGGGCAGUCGCACGGCGGAACUGGCAGCGCGGGUGGUGCGGUGCUGUACGAGGACCUGCCGGAAGCGGUGACGCACUCGCAGCUGCACCACAGGCAGAAUCACCUGCCCAGCCAUCAUCCUGGCCAGGCGCCGACGAUCGAGAUGUUGGACGUCAAGGACACUGGCAGAGGCGUAUUCGUGUGUAGCAGUCCGGGUCCUGAUCCGUACACGUCGCAGGACCUCUACAAUCCCGUCUACGAGGAGCUCAGCAACGGGGACCAUCCGGAAACGGACGAGGAGAGCGAGUUGAACGCGCGGAACCGGCUUCAUCAUCAUCACCGCCAUCAUCAUCGGCCCUCGUCGUCGUCGAAACCGGCGAGCGAGGACGAGUUCGCCGAGGACGAGCUCUCCGUGGGCGAACCGUCCGAGGCGAGAAUGUUGACGUCGACGGGCCCGGCGUGGGGCACCUGUCCAGCUGGUGGCAGGCCACCGCGAGAGAAACGAGGAAGGAGCCCCAGAAGCCUCGACAGGCAUAGGCGAGACAAGCACCACGACGUCGGCGAGUUUCACGAGGGGAUGCUGUUGGACGCGUUGCUGCAGCUCUAUCCAAGUGUCGCCGGCGUGGCGGGCACUCGAUCGAACAGCAAUCAACGACAACAGUCCGUCCCGUCGGUGGCCCACAGGUUACCGUACUUCGUGCCACCGAUGCCAGCGACGCAAGCCCUCCGAGUCGAGGAGAACCCGUACGAGAGCGUGCCGGUGCUGGGCCCUCUCCACCACUAUUCGAGCCAAAGCAGAAGCAACAAGGAGAGGUGCCGCAAGUCGAACGACAAGUACAAGUACUCGGCGCAAUACGGGGCCGAGUAUUACGGGCUGCAGAACCAGGAGACCGCUCCCGUGUACACGCAGGUAGGGGGCGAGUACUCGGACACCUACUCGCAGCCCACCGAUCGUCUCUACAACGAGGACAAGUACACGCAGCCGGUGUAUUACGCGACACGCGACACCGACCAGAUAUCUUCCGGCAGGCUGUACCAAGGUCAGCCGGACAGCAGCUUCGGCAGCGACAGCGGCUACAGCCAUCACACUUCCGGCACCACCGGAACCACCGGCACGCGCAGCAGUAACUCGAGGACGAAUCACCGAAAGGACAAGCAUCGAAAUUCUCAUCAUUCUCAUCAUUCCGCGGACUACAUCGUGUCCUAAUGUACGUGAAAUGAGAGGGGCAAAGUCUGCGGUGGGGAGUAAAGGGUAAAGGAGGAAGCAAAAAANCAAAAAAAAAAGAAAAAAAAGAAAAAAAGAAAAAAAACGUAGGCGAUAAUCGUCGAUCGAAACGAUCACGCGACACUUUUCUAAAAAGUAGUGAUCCCGCGUAUUUAUUCUGUGAAUUGUUUUUUCUUUUUGUUGUUUUUACUAUGGACUAGAAGAGUUUAUUAUUCGUACGCGAGACUCGGCACUCGUGGCGCUCGUGUAUCUUUUUCUUUUCUUUUCUUUUUUCAUUGUUGACAUGCGUGAUAUAUAGGAAGUAUUUUAAUAUUUUGACGAACGUUUGUAUCGUGUUGAGUAUUCCAGGAGAAGUACUUUAAUACUUUCGAUAGGUCGUACCGAUUGUUGGAUCGUAUUUCUCUUUUGAUUUUCGUGAUUGAGCGACGUUUCACGAGGGACGACGCGUGGGAGGUGUAUCGGCAGAGCAAUAGGCACGAGACUAUAUUAAACGCGACGAUCAUAUUGUAGGAAACAGGACACUCACGGGAAACAGUGAUCUCUUAGUAAGUUAGCAAGACUAUUUAACAAAUUAUUUGUAAUCCAAUGAGACUCAGGCUGGUACCAAAGAACGCUAUUAAGUAACUUACGACUUUUUAGCCUUCUAUUAUAGUUUGUAAUUUAAUACGAAAGUAGUGAGCUACACGCGAGAUAAUUUUUAACACUGAUGAGUUUCGCGCGAGACGUGCGACUACCAUACUUUUUUUUCCCCCCGGGGAGAAACGGUUCCAUCGAUUGGAAUCGAGAGAGAGAUCCUAAAUAAUUUUGCAAAGACUGCCCUCUGUAUCAAGGGGAUAUCAGCCGCAACUGAUUUCAUACGAACACUUUGAUACGACGCGUUAGUAGUAACAUAAUUCAUCCGGCGUUCUUCACGCACACACACCACAUACACACGACAUCGAUCGGGAUUGUAAAGUAGCUCGUAAACGAAACAUUUUCAAACACGCACUUAGAGAGAGAAACGAAAGGCUCGCCGUACACGAAUAUCGUAGCCACACACGCAACACACACGGUAGCUUACACACCGACGUAAACGUACGCUUAAGUCGAGUUGCAAUUUUUCUUCGUCAAUUACCAAGUUACGAUCAUCGUUGUCGUACAUCCCGGACAGUGUGAAACCAACAGGAACCAAACCGGGGGGGGAGCUUCUUCGAACGCGGACGCUCAAAGAGGAGCACGUAUUUUUGCAAUCUCAUGCGAGGUCGCGGCGCGUCUCAAUCAGAAAAACCAUUGGGAAGAAAAAGAACAAGAGGAAGAGGUAAAGAAAGAAAGAAAGAAAUUGAGAACACUUUGGCAAAAGCCUCGAUGCUUCCGCAAAGAGAAUACAUAGUGUUCCUUCUGCGAGCCAUUUCUAGUGCGUCCUACAUUCUCAAAGCUGUAGGCCGCGACGAGAGACAAUCUGGAAGCCAUGUAGACAACGGUGUGUACGUCGUGCAUCGCGAUGUUUCGUUUUGUUUUCUUUUUUUUUUUCCUCGACGGAUCAAGCUACGGAUAGCCUGUCGUCUUUUGCAUGUGCACGCGAAUCGAUUCUUUUGACGGAUACCGAAAUCACAUUUCAGCAAACGCGCUCGCAGAAGGAACACUAUGGCGGAAUGGAAGGCGUCGAGCAUGGAAGUUGACGAUAUUCCCCUUGCUCUUUUUUCUGUCGACCGCAAAGAACGAUUAGUUUUCCCUCUGCAAUUACUCGAUUAACGCGUUGAUUCGCGCGUCGAAUUGUUGACUCACAGCUGCCGGUAGUCGCACGAUUUUACGCUCGCGUUACUUGGAUCAUGCUGCCAGAGAGAAAGAGAGACAGACCAAGGUAAAACGGAUAAACCAAGGAACAGUGUUCUUACUAGGCUGUACAGGCACACAUAGGCUGGUACAUUGCAUAUAUAUAUAUAUAUAUAUAAAGAAGCAAACAUAAGUAUACAUACUACAAGUGUAAGAGAAACGAAUAAACUAUUCGCGAAUGACCCCGUGUAAAUAUAAUAUAUGCGAGAAGCAAAGGGAGAAAGGGAGAGAGAGAGAGAGAGAGAGAGAGAGAGAAGCGAGUCCGAGUCACUUCGGUGUAGCAUAGUUGUAUCAUAUCGUUGUCAAACUUUCUCACGUGUGCGUGCGUGUGUAAUGUGAGUAAUGCGUGCCCGGAAAAAAAGAGACGAGCAAACGACUAACGGCAAAGAGGAGAUACGAAGAUCGCAGAGAGAAUCGAUUUAAUAUAUAAAAGUGUAUAAUUUUUAAAUUAUUUGUAAAGAGCGGCGGAUCGCCGAGAACGAGAUCGUGAGACACGAGAGUGAGCGAGCGAAACGCGAGAACGAAAGAGAAAGAACAAUGGACAGAGGGAAGCGAUUCUUUUUAGAUUCUCGCCAAUCUCCCUUCUGCUUCUUGGUACUGUACACUGUCUUUAGAUGCAUGUAGAGCGAAUACCUCACGACAAAAGAAACAAAAGAAACAAAAAAAAAAAGAAAAAGGGGGAAAAAAAGAAGAAAAGGAAAAAAAGGAAAAGAUCACUCUGUUGUAAAUAUAAUUUUAUAUGUACAAGCCGAGAAAUGAGGUGUGUGCGUAAGUGACUUAGCGAGCACGCUAUUGGACACGUUCGCCCGCGAACAACCGCCGUCCUCUCGACUAACCCCAACACAGUGAAAAUCUAUUUUCCCUCCGUCCGUUCGAGGGAAGAUUUGUUUAACAGACCGUGCGAUAGUAACAGGUACAUUUUGAAACAACCAUCAUCCUCUUCGUGGCUCUUGCAUUUCUCCGUUGCAUUAAUCUACAUUUGAAUUUGGCCCAACAACGAACGAGAAAAUUUAAAAUUCUAAUGGCCCUGAUGUUCGGCGGUGUGUUCGGGCCGUGCCUCUUCUCUCCACGCGAUGUCGAAACCGCGAGAAACGCGAAAACGGUAUCGAUCCAUCGCGAGCGAAGCCAGGGCUACGAGAGAGGGAAACGAGUUUGCGGGCGAAAAUAAAGGUGAACUGUAGGUGGUAUUAUACGUACUUAUCGCGAGGAACGAAAGCGCACGACCAGUCACGUAUGAUCAAAGAUGCGUACAAUCAAAGAGUGCAAAAGGAAAGGUAGAGAGACAGAGAGAGAGAGAGAGUGAAAGAGAACGAGCGAAUGAGAGAGAGAGAGAGAGAGAGAGAGAGAGAGAGAAAGUGAAAGAAAAAAAGGAAUGCGAAACGGCGAGUCGCGUUCGAUCGGUUCGCGGCGUGGAAACUCGCGUGAGAGCAAAGGGUGAAAACGCACCAUGCAACUAGAAGAGGGACAAACGCUUUUUGUACGAUUUUACGUCCAUGUUAGUCAGACCGUUUUUCAAGACCGUUUUUUAUAUAUACAGUGUACAAGUAUAUAUACACGCGCGUGUACAAUAGGUACGGAAUCUAAUUUAUUAUCAUUGUUCUUAUUUAAAGAGACGGGGAUGCCAUAGUGUCCCGCCUGGCAGUCUGCAAUUCUAUAUUCGCUACCAAGUACUUUGUCGCUGUCGAAAUCGCAUUGUUAUAUUGACAUUUACGAAGAGCGUGUAGAGCGUAUCGAUUAUUAUUAUUAUUAUUAUUAUUAUUAUUAUUAUCAUUAUUAUUAUUAUUAUUAUUAUUAUUAUUGUCAUUACUAUCGCUGUUGCGCAUCGCGACCCCAAGAAAGAAAAAAGAAAGAGAGAGAGAAAGAGAAAAAGAAGAAAAGAAACAGCGAAAACUGGGAGAGUUUGAUUUCGCCUUUCGCGUUUUGUCGUUCCUUCCGGAAUUUUCAUUACGGCCAGCCAGUCAUUACGCGAGAACGGACAAAAGAAUGGAGAGUACUUAUAAGGAUUUCGAACAAAGAAGGGAACGCGACGGACAAACGUGCGGAAGAUCUCUUUCCCUUUUUCGAGCAACGCGUAUACGAGUCGCGAGAUUAUUAAUUUAUUGUUGCGUUCGAUGGGGAAGAGCGGAGGUAACGCGAGUUCCUCCCACCUUCUUCAAUCUCGCUAAUUUUAGCUGCGAUUUAGCGAUAUAGACAGAACAGAAGGAGACAAAGAGAGAGAGAGGAGAGAAAGAAAAAAAAAUCGUAGGCACUAGAGUACCUCGAAAGAUAACAAGUAGCACUCUUGAAAGUUAGCUUGCACGGACGUUCUCCUCUUCCAUCGUGCCGCCUUGCAAUUUACCACAGAGAGAGAGAGAGAGAGAGAGAGAGAGAGAGGAUCUAGAGUCUAGGGGGAAAGGGUGAAUCGGUGGAUGAAAGAGCGGGAGAUCGAUCGUCCGUCAAAGGGACGGAGAGAGAGCAAAUGAGACACGAAAGUCGGUGAAUCGUGUGAAAUAGUAGGCGAAAUCGGCCCGAUCGAUGGGGAGAACACCAGCUCGCAGAACAGGGUAACUAGCUCUAACAUCUAUCUCUUACAUCACUUAAGAAAGAAAACGAAAAAACAAAAAAAAAUUCUAUCACACUCGUUCACCUUAUGGUAUCACAGGUUCACUCUAAUCACGAAUGUCGGCCAAGGCUAACUCGAAAAAACACUAUCACACCUUCGUACUAAUAAACGAUUUACUAUUCAAUUUCAA